AUGUUGCGACUUUUUUCACUGGUGGUGACCACAUGCUUAAUCUACUAUUCCAAAAACCAGGGCCCAUCUGCUCUUGUUGCGGCUGUGGGAUUUGGAAUAGCAGGGUAUUUAGCUACAGAUAUGUUGAUUCCACGUGUGGGCAAAUCCUUCAUCAAAAUAGGCCUUUUUGGUAAGGAUUUGAGUAAACCUGGCCGUCCGGUGCUUCCAGAAACAAUUGGUGCCAUCCCUGCUGCAGUUUAUUUAUUUGUAAUGUUCAUUUACAUUCCCUUCAUUUUCUAUAAGUAUAUGGUCAUUACCACCUCAGGCGGUGGCCAUCGUGAUGUAUCAGUGGUUGAAGAUGACGGCAUGAACUCUAAUAUUUUUCCUCAUGAUAAGUUGUCUGAAUAUUUGAGCGCUAUCCUAUGCUUGGAAAGUACGGUACUAUUGGGAAUUGCGGAUGAUUUGUUUGAUUUACGUUGGAGACAUAAGUUUUUCUUGCCUGCCAUUGCAGCUAUACCACUACUAAUGGUUUAUUAUGUGGAUUUUGGUGUUACGCACGUGCUCAUUCCAGGAUUCAUGGAACAUUGGUUGAAAAAGACUAGCGUUGAUUUGGGGCUAUGGUAUUAUGUUUAUAUGGCAUCAAUGGCAAUUUUUUGCCCCAACUCUAUCAAUAUCUUGGCCGGUGUUAAUGGUUUAGAGGUUGGCCAAUGUAUAGUGUUAGCCAUUUUGGCGCUGUUGAACGAUUUGUUGUAUUUUUCGAUGGGGCCAUUAGCCACAAGAGACUCCCAUAGAUUUUCUGCUGUGUUGAUUAUCCCAUUCCUGGGUGUAUCUUUAGCGCUAUGGAAAUGGAAUCGUUGGCCUGCCACAGUUUUUGUGGGAGAUACGUAUUGUUAUUUUGCCGGUAUGGUUUUCGCAGUCGUUGGAAUAUUGGGGCAUUUCUCAAAGACGAUGCUCUUGUUGUUCAUUCCUCAGAUUGUCAAUUUUAUUUAUUCAUGUCCUCAGUUAUUCAAAUUGGUUCCUUGUCCGAGACAUAGGUUGCCUAAAUUCAACGAGAAAGAUGGUUUAAUGUACCCAUCAAGAGCAAACUUGAAAGAAGAACCACCAAAGAGAAUUUUCAAACCAGUCCUGAAGUUACUAUACUGUCUUCAUUUGAUUGACCUCGAAUUUGACGAAAAUAAUGAAAUCAUCAGCACCUCUAAUAUGACGUUAAUAAACUUGACAUUAGUAUGGUUUGGCCCAAUGAGGGAAGACAAAUUGUGUAAUACGAUCUUGAAGUUGCAAUUCUGUAUUGGAAUUCUAGCUUUACUUGGAAGGCACGCUAUAGGUGCUAUCAUCUUUGGACACGACAACCUAUGGACUGUACGUUGA